ACCUUCAGUUGCCUGCAUCUGAUUGGCUGCUUUGGCGCGACAAUGCUCGAGGUAACUCACGGUUGUCAACAUUAACUUGCGCAUAGCAUCUGAAUUCGCGGAAGCCGUAGGAGGAAAACCAAUCCUGUCUACAAUUUCACACUAAUUUUUUAGAAAUUGGAAAAAUUGGAAGAACAGAGCAAGAAUCUGAAUCAUGUCAGGACUCUUAAGUAAAAGUAUCGCAAAGAGUCUCUUGUCUGGGAAACAAGGGAUGGUUUGUGCCGCAUGGAUGUCUCGGUCAUCUCACCUUGGCAUAGCGGGGGAGGAAAACUCACCCCCCAGGGUCCUCAUCACAGGCGGUCUGGGACAACUCGGAACUGGGCUGGCAAAGAUACUAAGAGAGAGGUACGGACGUGACAACGUCAUUCUGACCGACAUCAACAAGGCUCCCAAAACUAUUCUCAGAAGUGGACCAUUCCUCUUUGCUGAUGUCCUGAACCUCAAGAGUCUUCGGGAGAUUGUUGUCAACUAUGAGGUGGAUUGGCUGGUUCACUUCGGAGCCCUGCUGAGCGCCAUCGGGGAGCAGAAUGUGCCCCUGGCCAUGCAGGUCAACAUUGAGGGCCUCCAUAAUGUCCUCGAGGUCUCCAAACAAUACAGACUCAAACUGUUCAUUCCAAGCACAAUUGGUGCAUUUGGCCCUGACUCCCCGCGGAACCCAACCCCUGACCUCACCAUCCAGCGUCCCCGGACCAUCUAUGGCGUGUCCAAGGUGCAUGCGGAGCUAAUGGGAGAGUACUACAACCAGAGGUUUGGCCUGGACUUCCGCAGUCUGAGAUUCCCUGGAGUGAUCUCGGCUGACACCAAACCCGGCGGUGGCACCACAGAUUAUGCGGUGGAGAUAUUCCACGAUGCCCUGAAGACCGGCCACCACCGGUGUUUCCUGGGGCCAGACACUCGGCUCCCCAUGAUGUACAUCGACGACACUCUCCGGUCCACGGUCAACUUCAUGGAAGUGCCCAAUGAGAAGCUGUCCAUGCGGACUUACAAUGUGACGGCCAUGAGCUUCACCCCAAGUGAGAUCGCAGAGGAAGUGAAAAAAUAUGUCCCCGAGUUGGAAGUCACCUACUCCCCAGAUGAGAGGCAGGCUAUUGCUGAUUCAUGGCCCCAGGUGCUGGAUGACACCAACGCUCGCCGAGACUGGGGAUGGAGCCAUCAGUAUGACCUGGAGUCCAUGUGCCGUGUGAUGUUCGAGAAGCUCAUCCCACAAUACAACCAAGUGGAGAGUGCUAAAUACACAGAAACAGAGACAGAGACAGUCAAAAGAGAGGCCCUUUAAGUUGUGUUGGAGUUGUCUCCCUUGCAGAGUGGAGUUAUCUCCCUUUGCCAUGUCGGGUCACUGGAGUUAGUGCUGGUUCUUUGAAGGAUGUACUUGUGACCAAUUGUUGAAGCUUGUGUGUGUUUCUGUGGAAUCUUGUGCAUGUUUCCGUGGAAUCUCACAAAUGCAAGUUUUGAAGUACCAGCAUUGCAAGACAUUUUCCAGGAAAAACCAAGGUGUGCUAUUAGCAGCUGAUGGGUAUUCCAUGUAGUUAAAUAAAUCAAUGUGGAACUCUUUAUUUACCUUCACAUUCAAGUUUGACAUAAUAAUUUUACAAUUGUGAUGGGAUUUUAGUUACUUUGUAAUAUUAAAUAACUGAAGCUUAAUCUUAUUUUUUUGCUAAUAAUUAUCUUUACAAUAGAAUCUCAUGCUGAAUCUAUGUUUGUUCAAAAAUGGGUACCUUUUACCGAUCUGCCAUGAUACUCCAUAUUUUGCUCAUAGAUUUGUUCUGUUUUUAUGCCUGUUUGUUUCCCACUACAGUAGUAAUCUGUCUCUGUGUUAAGUGUGCUAAGUGUUAAAUCUGUUCAUUCAGAGUCUGUUUUUCCAGUGUAUGUUUAUUUCAGAUUAUUUAUGUAUUUCUGUUAGAUCAUAUUUUGUCUUUCCAAUUGUUUGAAUGAUUAUAUAUUUGUGUACAGAUACAAAUUCCUGAGCAAGACUUUAGUGACUAAUAUUUUAAGCCGCUUUAGCAAUAUGUUGCAAUAUCACGGCAGACAUAAACUAAAAGUGGCACAGUACUAGAACUUGAAGUAAUCCUAAAAUUGUGGUCACUUGUGAAACAGGCCCGAGCAAUAACUAGUAACCAUUGCUUGAAGCACAAAGGAAACUCACGCCUGUGUUGUAUUUAUAUAUGUAAAUAUCAUUUUCUAUGGAGUCUAUUUUUUUCAUCACUUACAGGGUAUAUGUAUAUACAAUAGUGUGACAUAAAGGGAGAGAACCAUUACAUAUCACUUGUAAUAUUGUAUCAAUACUUCUAUGGUACUUCAUGAUUGUCAGUGUGCAAUGGUAACCUUAAGAGAACAUGUUCACUGAAAAAUGACAAUUAUAUUUUAUCAAUGACAAGUGACUUUUGAUGUUUACAAUACAUGUGUAUGUUGAUGUAGGACAGUAUGUAAAAGACUUUAAUGGAGCCAACAUUUACGUUAUUUUUAGCAAGGGUAUCUUUAAUGUUCUGUUUAAAUUUAUCCAUUUACUAUUUGGGUAAAUAAUUUACUUUUUAACACAAGAGGUGAUGGAUGUUAUUUUCAUUCUGUUGUAUUAUGCUAUCUUAGAACCAGUGCUAUACAAUAGAUUGUCUAUACCGUUUAUGUAUCUCCAUACAACUGUAAGUAUGGUAUAUAUUUAUAUAUAUAACAUUGUCUUGUGUACUCGGUUAUGUCUUUCCGUUGGGGGAAAAAACAUCAAAACUCAUUACUGUCUGUAUAAUGCGCACCCCCUUCUACACAGCUGUGUUUUUUGGAAAAAAAGGUGUGCACUAUACUCAAGAAAAUACAGUAUAGUGUGCAUUCACCAUUCUUGGAUUCAAGUUUCUGGAAAAAUUGUAAUUUUAUAAUUUAUAUACAAUGUGCAGUCACUAUUUUGUUUUGGGAAUGUAGUGGAGAUAACAAAUAUGGUCCAUGAAAAUGUGAAUUUUGAGAUAAAACAUUACAAGAUAAAAUUAUAUUUUCAAAUUUUAAUCUCUCUGCAAAUAUUUUCUGUACACAUGACUUUGAUAUAAAAAAAAUUAUUCUCAAAUUUUUAACAUCCUUUGAUAGUAAAUGGAUACAAACUAUGAUUGUAAGUUUGCUUUUUUUUGGUGUUCAGUUUGCGUUUUAGUAUUUGCUGUUUGGGCAGGAGGUCGAUCGGUUCUACAUUUUUCUUGGUUAUUUUGGAGUCCUUUACCAGUGUUUGUAAUAAAUGUGUAUGUAUAUGUUUUUGAACAAAAUGUUCUCCAUGGUGACUCUCUGAGAAGACAUUAAGGUAUAGCGGGGCUGUGUUAUGGUGAUCAUUGCUCAACUUUGUGUUGUUCCGUUGUUUCUAUGUAAUGGAGGUUUGAGGAGUCUCACAGUGUUUUGCUGAUUACAAAUUAAAUUCAAGUUGUGUUUUUGAGAUCUCAACAUGAAGUAUAUCAAACAAAUGAAUUCCCGGUGAUAAGCGGAAAAACAACGAUUCUAAACAUGUUCUGAGUUCAGUGAGUGAAGAUUUGUUAGUGCCACCUUAGCCAUGCUGCGGCUAUUUGAGGCUGCUGAGGUACUGUGUGAUAACUCUACUGCUUGUGUCACUGUUAGGGGUUGUAUUCAACACCAAUGAUAUAAUGUAUGUCAUAUGCUCUUUGCUGCAUACGUACAAAUAUGGCUACGAGAGCAUCCAUUUGAUUUGUAUAGGGGUGGGGGGUAUUUUAGGACUCUGUAUUUUUGGCCAAGCUGUAUCCAACAGACUAUAACUAUCAAACAAUCUAUUUAUUUUCACUAUUAACACACAAAAGUUCUGGUAAUUUCAACAAAACAAACUAUUCAUAUUUUCAUCACUGCUAGCAAACAAUUUAUUUGGGACAUAUUUCUGAACAAACUUUUCAUUUAAAAAUGUUUUUCCCCACCCCUAGAAAUUAAAUGGAUGCUCCCUAAAUAUAAGAUAUGGUUCCAGGGAGUGUCUGCCUCAGUAAACCAGGUAGUCUGGACCAAACAAUCAAGUGAUUGAUAUUGUGGGCAAUGAUCCACGUCAUCAUCAAGCAUGUCGCCGAAUCUGACCACCCGAUGUUUAUGGUCGCCUCUUAUGACCAGCAGGUUGCUGGUUACGUGUUCAACACGGAAUCACCACAUCUACUUUCUCUCUUGGCCAUCAUGUAUAUUGCAUCACUGGUGUUCCAUCCACUCAAAUGUGACGUCAAACAGCUUUGUUGUUACUAGUAUAUUUAUAAUCUAUAUAACCUCAGCUUUAUGAAUAUUGACCAUGAUAUAUCUGAUAGAGUGUAUACAAAUAUGGCUUGAUUAUAUACCUAUGUUUGACAGGGUAGUGACAUAUGAACCUGUGAACUGUGCAACAAGCCUGUUGUGAUGUUUUUUAGUAACUUUUACAAAAGUGAUCAAAAUAAAAUGAAAUUCACAAAUUUUAACUUGACAUUGUUUUAGGACUGACUAUUCCUCAAUAGGUGUUGUCCCUCGAGGAUGUCAGCAAGAUAAUUUACAGGUGUAUGAAAGCCACAACCAAUACUGUUUACCAACUCUGAGGCUACUUGAGAGGCAGACACAGUACUGAUCAAAACAGUGAUUUAUGUUCUUUACAAAUUUUGCUGCACAUAUUUGAGUCUGUUUACACAUAUCACUGAAUCUCUCCAAAUGUUGACCAGCAACACAAUCAUUCAUUAAUUGUGAUUUAAUUUGGAAAUGGAUUUUUCCGACCAAUUUAAACCAUCUCAUAAAAUAUUAUCUUUUAUUCAUAUUUAAUACUUCUCUUCUGACAGAGAAAUGGAAUGAGAUCUUUUACUCCAAAUUGAUACCUCUCUGCUGAGAGAAGUAUGAAAUGAGAUCUUUUACUCCAAAUUGAUACCUCUCUGCUGAGAGAAGUAUGAAAUGAGAUCUUUUACUCCAAAUUGAUACCUCUCUGCUGAGAGAAGUAUGAAAUGAGAUCUUUUAGUCUGUUUGGAUAUCUCUCUUCGUAAAAGAGGCAAUGCAUAUGAGUAUUCAGUGAGAUUUAAUGAGACUGUCCUGUAGCAUACUCAAGGUCAGAUAUCUGUUAAAGAGUUAUGAACUGGUUUUCCCUUCAUCAUUGAACAAGAAACAUUGACAUGGAACCAAAUAUGUGAUAUUUAUUAUUAUUUUCUUUUAACCUGGUGUUUGCCUAAUGCUUUGUCUAUUGGACCACAUAUUUUUGUCUCAUUAAAAAAUAUAAUGUUUGGUGAUUAUGGAAAUAAAGACUAGCAAAGUG